AUGCCCAUGCGAUCGCCUUCCACGAAACAUGCCAAAUCCAAUAUUCAGCGGAGGCACUCCGGUUGCCGGCCAUGCCGCAGAAGAGGCAAAAAGUGCGAUGAGACAAAACCUUGCUGUCGAGCUUGCGCGAGACUGUCCCUAGAAUGCAGUUAUGGUGUCGAUGUCACUUUUAGAAAUCUUGACGCAGCGUUGUUCCAGCAGCAUGCCACAGCUCAGAGGGCGUCGUCUCCAUCAGCUACACGUUCAAGCCCCCAUACACUGGAUAAUUGGCGGAGUGCAAGUUACAGUUCUGAUGAGCUCAACUCUGUGGGCCGACUUUACAAGCCAAACCUGCCGGCCGCUGUAGAUUCCGGAGACAGUUUGGAAAUUAGCUACUGGGGUCAUUUCCAGAGACAUGUGCGCCAUCUGCUCCCUACGGCUUCUUUAAUAUUUACAGAUAGAUGCCUUCAGUCUCCUUGUUUGCGGUUCGCUGUGCUUUGCAUCUCAGCAUCUAACCUCUCCAUGCUAAAUGCGAGAGUUCAGAGCCGCAUCAUGGCUGGUGAUAAUCAAAGAUCUGUCUUCAGCCCGCUUGUGAAUAACUUGCAUCACAGUCAAGCCCAGAAAUAUCACGACCAGGCGCUGUGGUAUUGUCGGCUGGCGGAGGCCGGCGAGGUCGAGUGUCAAGCGUCUGCAGUCCUUGCUGCGCAUAUUCUUCUCGCCUACUACCACCAUGCAUCGACCAAUCAUCUAAAAUUUCGGCGGGCCGUUUGGGAUUCCGUCCGCUUCGUUCUGAGAAACAGGGAGAAGAUAAUGGGAUCAACAGACGGAGCCGAUUCGCUGCAAAUGUGGUAUCGUCUCUGUAUGUCGCAUCGACUCGCAAAGCCACCUGCGUUGCUCCUGGAAGGGGAAGGGGCUAGUUCUUUCGGGCCCAAUCGCUUUCCGGAUGCCAUGGAUCACAUCUAUCUCAGCUGUAUCCGGGGCAUGAGUGUGGGCGAUCUGAUCUACGACAUCCUUAUCAAGAGCAUAGAAAUCCGGACAAGGUUAAUAGUGUUUCGUUGUGUUGCAAGUCGCUGCCACAUAUCCGAGCUUUCAAGUGAGAUUGGCAGCAUCACCCAUGAUGUCUUGAGCAAAAUGCUAGGGAGGCACUACACCCUGGACGAAAGCGCAGAAGCCCGGGAAGGGUUUGUGCGAGGCCCACAUCUCCUGAAGCUGUUAGACGUUCAAAGGGAAAGACUGAAGGUGUGGAAGUCCAGACUCAAAGAGGAUCAGCUGCCUGUCCACUACCUGUCGAAAACAUGUAUGCAAAGACCAACAGGCCCAGCGGCUUCAACCCCGUCUAUGUGUCAACCGUUUCCGACCCACCGAGACGCUAUGAACGCCCUAUAUUGCAUGAUCUGCGAAAUCAUUUUCCAAGAGCCUCACGGAUUCCCCAAAUCCGAUAGGGUAGUUCCAGGCGGAUGUGAGGAUUUGACCACUCUGAUGGAUAAUUUGGCUCACCGUAUGUGCCAAAUUAUUGGUACACUUGAUUUCACUACGUCAAAUACUUCAGACGUGUACACCUUCAGUCUGGCAGAAACACUGCUGCAACUCGUGUUCCUAUACCGAUCAGACGCAAUCUUCCACUAUAUCUUGGAUGUUAUGUGGCCACGGCUUGAGACCUCGGCUAGAGGAUAUGAGCACUCCCACUACCCGACGCACCUUGUCAAGCGAAUCAUUACACAAAUCCGGGAAUAUUGGGCCCAAGGUCGAGUAGUAAACUUUGCCUUACCAGCAGUCGCGGAAGAUGCGCCAAAGUUACAGCUGUUGGACAUUCACCACCCUAUAGACUUGGUGGUCUGUGGGUACAACAAGGACGGUCAACAUUUCAUUGAAAAGAUACCACUCCCAUAAUAUUGCCG